GUCUGUUGGCACGCGCACCGCUCUGCCCUACAUAACAAAAAGACCGGAGAGAGUCCACUUUGAAAAUAAACCAAGUUUCAUAACAUGUGAAAAUGCACUGUAUUAUUAUCUAUUUCUACUGUUUACUGUUUUACUGCAGAAUCACUUAAAAAUACACUCACUCACUCACUCUCUCUCUCUCUCACACACACACACACACACACACACACACACACACACACAGAGAGCCCUUCCCCUUCUGCAGAAUAAACCGUUAGACGGUGAAAACUCAGCAGCUCCAUUUUGGAAAAUAAACCAUUUCAGGAGUAAAAACACAGGUUUGAUUUAACACACCGAUGUUGGAGUGAAGUAAACGUGUGUCCUGCUGUAAUCUGGAGAAGGAGACAUGACCUCCAACAUGAGUGUGUCUGGAAAACAGGACUUAAAGAAAGACGAGAGAAUGAUGGAGGGAAAGAGUUCAGACUCACCAGAACCCAGCUGUGUGUCCAUGAAGAGUGACGUGUCAAUGGAUCCUCCAAUUAACUUCAGAGACAGAGACAGUUCUACUGAUGUGAGACCGCAAAAGAAGAAAUCAAACAUCAGCAGAAAUCAGCUAGAGUCCAUAUUCAAGGAGCUGGAACACAAAGUCAUCACUCUGAUAAAGAAUGAGCUGAAGAGGUUUAGGAAGCUCCUGAGUCCAGAUUACCCAGCAUGCACUGAGAGGGAGAUGGAGGAUGAGGAGGAUCUGCACAGUGUCCGAGAGGGAGCGCUGAAGAUCACACUGCACGUCCUGAAGAACAUGAACCACACAGAUCUCGCUAACACACUGCACAACAAACUUGCAUCUGUGUAUCUGCAAAAGUUGAAAUCCAACCUAAGAGAGAAGUGUAAACGAAUUAAUGAAGGAAUCUCACAGCAUGGAAGCUCAGCACUUCUGAAUGAGAUCUACACAGAGCUCUACAUCACAGAGGGUUGGAGUGGAGGCAUCAACAAUGAACAUGAGGUGAGACAGAUUGAGACAGCGUCCAGGAGACCAGCAACACAGGAGACACCCAUCAAAUGUAAUGACCUCUUUAAAGACAAGUCCAUCAGAACUGUGCUGACUAAAGGAGUUGCUGGAAUUGGAAAAACAGUCUCUGUGCAGAAGUUCAUUCUGGACUGGGCUGAAGGAAAAGCAAAUCAGGACGUCUUCUUCAUGUUUCUUCUUCCCUUUAGAGAGCUGAAUUUGAUGAAGCAGCAAAAUCUCAGUCUGAUGAAUCUUCUUCAUCACUUUUUCCCAGAAAUGAGAAAACUAGAAGUAAUAAACUGUGACUCCUACAAAGUGGUGUUGAUCUUUGAUGGUCUGGAUGAGUGUCGACUGCCUCUAAAUUUCCAGAACAAUGAGAGAUUGUGUGAUGUGACAGAGUCAGCCUCAGUGGAUGUGCUGCUGACAAACCUCAUCAAGGGGAAUCUGCUUCCCUCUGCUCUCCUCUGGAUAACCUCUCGACCAGGAGCAGCCAAUCAGAUCCCUCCUGAGUGUGUUGACCAGGUAACAGAGGUACGAGGCUUCAGUGAUCCUCAGAAAGAGGAGUACUUCAGGAAGAGGAUUAGUGAUCAGAGCCUGGUCAAUAAAAUCAUCACACACAUGAAGUCUUCAAGAAGCCUCUACAUCAUGUGCCACAUCCCAGUCUUCUGCUGGAUUUCAGCCACUGUUCUAGAGAGAAUCUUGGGUGAAGCAGAGAGUGGAGAGAUCCCCAAGACUCUGACUCAAAUGUUCACACACUUUCUGAUCUUUCAGAUCAAACACAAGGACCAAAAGUACCAUCAGAACUGUCACCCUGAUCCUCAGCAGACCAGAGAGAGUAUCCUGGCACUGGGAAAACUGGCUUUCCAACAGCUGGAGAAAGGAAACCUGAUCUUCUAUGAGGAAGACCUUAGAGAGUGUGGCAUUGAUGUCAGAGAAGUGUCAGUGUACUCAGGAGUGUGUACCCAAAUCUUCAGAGAGGAGUUUGGGCUUCACCUGGGGAAGGUGUUCACCUUUGUACAUCUGAGUGUUCAGGAGUUUCUGGCUGCUUUAUAUGCAUUUCUCUGCUUUAUUUUUAGAAAGACAAAUGUGGUAGUGGAGCAAAGCACUGGACUUUUUAAUUUCUUCAGAAAUCCAAACACGUCUGAUUUCCUCAGGAGUGCAGUGGACAAGGCCUUACAGAGUGAGAAUGGACACCUGGACCUUUUCCUCCGCUUCCUUCUGGGUCUGUCACUGGAGUCCAAUCAGACUCUCUUACGAGGCUUAAUGUCACAGACAGGAAGCAGCUCUCACAGCAAACAGGAAAUGGUCAAGUACAUCAAGGAGAAGAUCAGGGAGAAUCCAUCUCCAGAGAAAUCCGUCAAUCUGUUCCACUGUCUGAAUGAACUGAAUGAUCAUUCUCUAGUGCAGGAAGUACAAACUUACCUGAACAGAGGAGAUUACAGUCGUCUCAGUGGAACCAGACUCUCUCCUGCUCAGUGGUCAGCUCUGGUGUUUGUGUUACUGAACUCAGAACAGGAGCUGGAGGAGUUUAAUUUGAGGAAAUAUGACCCAUCAGAGGAAUGUCUUCUGAGGCUGCUGCCAGUGGUCAAAGCCUCCAGAACAGCUGUGCUGUGGGGGUGUAAUCUGUCAGAGGAAAGCUGUAGAGUUCUGUCCUCAGUACUCAGCUCAAACUCCUCCAGUCUGAGAGAACUGGACUUGAGUUACAAUAAACUGCAGGAUUCAGGAGUGAAGCUGCUCUCUGCUGGACUGGAGAAUCCACAAUGUAUGCUGGAGAUACUGGAGCUGUGUAAGUGUAAUCUGACAGAGGAAAGUUGUAGAGUUCUGUCCUCAGUUAUCAGCUCAAACUCCUCCAGUCUGAGAGAACUGAACCUGAGUGAGAAUAAACUGCAGGAUUCAGGAGUGAAGCUGCUCUCUGCUGGACUGGAGAAUCCACAAUGUAUGCUGGAGAUACUGGAGUUGCGUGGGUGUAAUCUGACAGAGGAAAGCUGUAGAGUUCUGUCCUCAGUUCUCAGCUCAAACUCCUCCAGUCUGAGAGAACUGAACCUGAGUCACAAUAAUCUGCAGGAUUCAGGAGUGAAGCUGCUCUCUGCUGGACUGGAGAAUCCACACUGUACACUGCAGAUACUGAAGAUGUGGGGCUGCAGUAUUACAGAUGAAGGUUGUGCUGCUCUGGCUUCAGCUCUGAGGUCAAACUCCUCAUCACACCUGAGAGAACUGAAUCUGAACGGUAAUAAUCCAGGAGAAUCAGGAGUGAAGCUGCUCUCUGAUCUACUGAAGGAUCCACACUGUAAACUGGAGACACUACAAAUUAAGGAUCGUAAACUCACCAAGACUGGCUCAUGACAGGAGUCUCAGCUCAAACCUCUUUUCCAGGAUAAAGCAGUUUUGGUGAAGCGUUAGAACCCGUCCCACAUUUCCAGCAGUUUGGGAGCUGAAUCAUUCAUAUUCAGAUGUAGAAGUUCCAUAACAAUAACCAUGACUGAUCACAUCCUUUUAUCCACUCAGCUACAAGUUACUUCAGGUUUUAAUAACAUAUUUUACAAUCCAAAGUCUAAUCCUCCAGCAUCUACACACAACACAGAGAUAUUAUCACAUCACCACACUGAUUACACAAAUACACAUCCAUGUGUUUAUUAUUUACAGUGUGCUUCUGCUCAACAUGGUUUCAUGGUUUAGCUCAUUUAGAUGUCGGCUUGAUCUUGCAAUUAUUAUGGAAGUAAGGGUCAUUAAUGUAAACAAUAAUAUUGAUUAUUCUGGGGGAAUUUUAUCAGAAUAAAUUUAUACAAUUGACCGCUCAUUUCGUCCAGCGAAAUGUUUGGUGAGGCGUCUUAUUGACUCUGGCAAGUCAUUACUAUUGUGGCCGUCGACAGUAAUAACUUCCUCUGAAGAUAACUCUUCUGGAGCACGGUACUAAGAUCGGGCACCUUAGGAACUUAUUAUUACACUUAUUAUUACACUUAGUGUAACUUUAUUACACUAAGCUACUAUACGCAUAGGCUAAACUACUACACACAUAUACUAAACUACUACACACAUAGACUCAACUACUACACACAACCAACACAUACACAGACAUACACAUUCAUACAUGUAGGAAUAUGGCAUGAGAAGAACCAGUGAUAAUAAUCAGAAGGUUGAGUUCUUAGACAUAAGCAUGAAAAAUCACUAGACCCUGACCUGAGUGAACCAUCACUAUAUCAGCAUUAACUUUUGAAUUGGUUAGAGAGUUUUUAGUGUUACUGCACCAGCUUAAUGAAGUUGGGAGGUAUCAAUACUUGCUUUGCUUGGGGGGGUGAAUGGAAGUAGUUGGUGUUGGGAAGGAGGUUCUAGUCGGACUGGAGUUGGAGGAUCUUAGAGAAGUUAUUGGUUGUUGCCGGAGAGGGAGGAUGGAGUCUGGACAGCUGGGCGAAGGGUUGUUCGGUGAUGAAAGCCUUGGGAUCUUCUGGUGCAGGUUCUCUUCCUGUUCCAGCUCUGUUCUGGUUCUAGCUCCGUUCCAGUUCCAGCUCAGUUCCAGCUCCAUUAGUUGCUUGGGCAUGAGGGUUUUAUGCUAGUUUGGAUGAGCCGGCCUCCUAAGGUUUUCAACCAACCGCAGGUCAGCUUGGAGAUGAUUGGAGAGCGGCUUGGCUGGCCCUCCAGCUAAUUUGCAAGUGACCACUCCCGGGUCGCCUCCUUCUCAAUAUCCAUUGUAACAUGGUUUUAUUUACCUUUAAUACUUAUAAUAACUGUGUGAUAUGAGAUACUGAGAAUUGGAAACCAUCAACAGCUUCAGCACAUGGAGACAAACAUGCAGAUACCAAACACGACAUACAUAUGUGUGACCAUUAGCUACUGGAUAUAAUGACGUGUUUACAGAAUGACACAGGUCUAAUAUUAUAUAAUUUCAUUAAUAGUAGGGUUGCGUUAUAAUGUUGGUUUGAAUACAUGGUUUUGGAGGUAGCACCAGGCUUCCCACCAUGUGAGAAGUUGCCGUAACUGAGUUGUAAGUUAACCUUAGACUCUUGCCCUCUUGUUUGAUACAGCAUGUGGUAGGGCAUGUUCCCCAUAUAGACUUAAUACACAACCCAGGGACUACAUUGAAAUAGGAUAAGGCAGAACACAAAGAAAGAAAGAACAUUCUUAAAAGUGGAGGAGCCUUGGGCAUAGAGUUCUUUUGCUGAUUCAGUUAAGUACAAAAGGUCAUUCCAAGCUCAGCAGGAUGUAGCGUGGUGUGGAGUAUGAUAAGCUCAGCCAGUCCCCUAAUCCAAACAAAAGGCCCCUUUUAAGGGUGGUCAACUCGAGGUCAGCUCCACUGAGGGGUAAUUUACACCCUUUUAUCGGGGUUCCUGCAUUCCGAUGACCAUUAGCAUCCCUUCAUAUUUUAUGACCAGUGUUUAGCCUAGCCAGACUGGAGCCAUCUUAGGUCUGUUUGUUGUAAAGGAAUGUCUUUGUCCUGUGUGUGGUUGGAGAGAUAGUCAGUUUCUUCAGUUUGAUGAUCUCGAUUCCUACAUUGCCCCCUUCAAUCGGCGAUGUUUUGAGGUAAAAACAUGAAGCAGACACAAACACACACAAGGCAUAACAAGACGACAACUCCACAACUGUCUAUGGCUGGUGCAGGGUCGCCUGAGACUGGCUAACAAUUCAGAUGGGUUAAUUACUUGGGAUUGUUUGUUUACCGUACCAUUUGAAUGGAAGGGCGGAGUUUUGUUCCAGGCGCAUGGGCAUGCCGUGAUGCCCAGAUGGUAGCUCACCAUUGGGUGUAGGUUUCGGAGGAACAAAGUCUUGAAAUUGACAUCCUCCUCCAUUUCUGGUUCAUUCUGUGCCCCAAAAUCUCGGCUCGGCGUAGUCGGUGGUAGUAGGCCUGGGGGUUCUCGUGCCUUCCCUGCUGAAGAUCAAGUGCAGCCAACAGUCCUUGCUCUGACUCUGGGUCAGAAAACUCCUUUAUUAAUGCUUUUCACCUGCUCUGGCUGGCGGUCUAAGAAACUCUGGACCUCAAGGCUGGAUGUUAUCCUCAGCAGGUAUAACCUGUCUCUGGUGGUGACCUGGGGCAUCAUCUGAAGAUGAAAGUCAAUGUCCUGUAGGUAGGCAUGGAUGUCGUAUCCACCCCCUCAGGACUUGGGGUGAACUUAAUGUUCCUUGCCAGUUUAUCAAGGUCUCUCGGCAUUAUCCCGGGGGUGAUGCCUGGGUGCACUGGGUGGCAUGUUGUCCCCACAGCGCUGGCGGGAUGUUCCUGGGCGAAAGUUGGUGAGGCUUUGCAGGGCAAGCCAUCCAUCCUUCCUCCAUAGGGAAGUUCCGGGUUCGGGGAUCCUGUUCUGCUGGCUUGAUGCGUCCGGUAUAACUGGGUUUCGAGCUUUAGUUUUCGCCGUCUUUCAUACAUGCACUUCAGCUCUUCUCUGACCAUAUUCAAUUCAUCCUUAGUUUGCUCAAGCUGUUUCGUCAGUGCCUCAGUUUCCACUCUGGCUGCUUCCAGAUGACCCUUGAAAGCCUUGAUUUUGGAAUUCUUACUUUUGAACUCGGACUUGGCCUCCUCCAGGAACACAUUAGCAUGUUGGAAUUCCUGUUCCAGGUCUUGUCUGGCAGCCCUGGCCCGUUGUUCCCGUUGCUCAGCAUCCACCUGCAAAUCCUGCAAAGCCACUUGGAGCCUCUUUAUUUCAUCCUUGGCCUCCUGCUCCCUCCUGUCAGUUUCCUCCAGGUGCUGCUGAGUCUGCCUUGCAUCCUGCUGGAAUUCCUUGGUCUGCUUCUGGAGUUCCUCAACUUCUUGCUCGAGCCGCAUGGCCUUGGUGUCGCUCAGCUUCAGCUGGGUGAGGAGGUUGUGAGCUAGGGAGCCGGUGAUCUUGGCAAGCUCCUUAUGGCUGUAGCUCUGACUGGGGUUGUGCAUCAUGAGCUCUCUUAUGCUGCCAUCCAGCUGUCCUUGACUCUGGUGUCGUAGCUCAUCGACCACCUUGGGUAGGAGACUGUCUGUCAUGACGCUGAGCCACGCCUCCAAGUCUUCCCAGUGGGCCAUGAG